AUGGAGAGCAACUUCAAUUGUUUAUCCAGAAGUCCCUCAUUGUGUAUGUAUGUUCCAUCUGUGGAACAACAUAAAAACGAACUUCACGAAGAGCCAAAAAAAAUCAAAGAAGUAUACUUUGCGUUAGCAAGAGCAUACACUAUUGAAGAAUUCAACAGGCAUAUGGCAAAGUUAGAAACUAUUGAUAGUAGAGUAAAAACAUACCUGAUGGAUAUUGGAUAUGAUAAAUUUUCCCAGGCAUAUUCCAAGACAAAUAGAACCACGACCAUGACAUUGAAUAUUGCAGAAUCAGUAAAUGCAUCAAACAAGCACGCAAGAGACCUCCCAGUUGUGAAUUUGCUUGACUUUAUGACGACAUUGAUUCAGAAAUGGAAUUACACCAAUCAGAAGGAUGUCGUGGAAUCAUUUAUGAAAAUAGGUGUAAAGUAUGAAAACAUAUUGGCAGAUAAUACAAUCUUAUCACAGACGAUGACGGUAUUGCUAUCAACUCAAUUCUUACAUUUAGUAAUUGAUGGCCAAACAAGAAAUGUGGUGCGCCUACAUGAAAAAAACUGCACUUGUGGAAGGUUUCAGCUAGACGAUAUUCCAUGUCCACAUGCAAUGGCAGUUAUACAAAAAUUUCAUAUGGAUUCAAACAAGUAUUGCUCGGAUUACUACAGCAUAGACUACUUGCUGAAAACAUAUGAGAUACCAGUAAACCCUCUGUCGGAUGAAACAACGUAG